AUGGAAGGCGUACAACCAACUGCAACCAAACAUCACCAACUGUCUUCAACAUUGGUUGUGUCACCUGUACAGAAUUGCUCUCUAAUUCAAGAUGAAGAAGAUAAUUCUGAAGGACAAAUCCAUUCUCACAGGAACAAUAAAUUGCACAAUACAACUAAUGAAGAUUCCUUCUUAACAACACUGGCCGAAGCAGAGUUUGACAAAUAUUUAACUGAACUUUCACAAAUAUUUGAAGAACAAUCUUCUCAAACUGAUAUAUUAAUGGAAAUUUCAAGCAUGUUUAGCGAUAUUGAGACAGAUAAUGAACAGUUUUGCUCAGUUGAAGAUCUCAUCAACACAGGCGAUCAAAUAUCAUCAGCGAUUUCGUCGACAUUAACCCAAAAUGAAGAACUAACUAAUAGUGUCAACGAAUAUCAAGAAGGAUCAUUGAUGACUACACCACGAAUUACAACAGACACAAUAACAACAGAAAUUUCCAUAAAGAACAAUCUGAAGAAUAGAAAAGCAGACCUAAUCAAAAAUGGUGAGAAAACCCUUAUUGUAUCAGGAUUACGUAAUGAUAUAAAUCAAACUGAUCUAUUUAAUUAUUUUGCCGGAUCUAUUCAAGUCAUACUAAAACAAUGUCAAACAUCGCCUUUCAAAUAUGCUUUCAUUUUACAUGGAACAAUUGAAGAAGCAAAAUGUAAUCUUUCCCGAUCAAUUGAUUAUAUUCGUCUUGGUUCGAAAUGCCGCAUCAAAUCUGUAGAUUAUUCUUCGUCUCUUCCUGUUGAUGAUCAAUCAUAUGAUAAACAAACAAUUGCAGUGACGAAGAUACCAGAGAAUGUUAGUGAAGAUGAUUUGCAUCGUUUAUUCCCCAGCUGUCGUAUAUCGAAGUAUUGUCCACCACGGACUGUUCGUCGUAAAACUGUCUCCACUGAAAGUUCCGGCAAAACCAAGACUUUAUGGGGGUAA